GUUUGCAGAAAAGGUAGAAACUCUGCCUAGAAACCACCAACUCUGCACCGUUUUCCAUCUCUCUACCUUUGGAUUGCAAAUUUACUGCCUUGCUGCUCCUGGACUUCAUCGCUUGGUAUCUUCCUCAAUCCAGCGGAGAAAUCCAUUUCUGAGAUUCCACGGGCACGAAAUCUUCGUGCUUGCACGACAGCAAAAACCUAGUUUUAAUAUAAAAGGGAAGAGGAGAGAGAGACGCUGGCUCAUUAUAUAGUGGAGGAGGAGGAGAUUACCAUAUCGCUUUUGCGCGGAGAAGAAGAGGAGCAAGAGUCGGUGACAAUGGACGAUCAUCAUAAUGACGAUUCAGCCCCUCGCAAGGUCUACGUUGAAGAACAGCUAUCCGUUGAAAUUCCCGAAACUGCCCACCAGAUUAGCCAAGAUUCAUGGUUUCAAGUGGGUUUUAUCCUUACUACUGGUAUCAACAGUGCUUACGUACUGGGCUACUCUGGGACAAUCAUGGUUCCUCUUGGAUGGAUUGGGGGUGUAGUUGGGUUAAUUGCAGCCACAGCUAUAUCUUUGUAUGCAAAUUCUCUCAUUGCUAAGCUCCAUGAAUUUGGUGGAAAAAGGCAUAUCAGAUACAGAGAUCUUGCGGGAUUUGUAUACGGUCAGAAAGCCUAUUCGCUUACAUGGGGUUUGCAAUAUGUGAAUCUUUUUAUGAUUAACGUUGGGUAUAUCAUUUUGGCUGGUCAGGCCCUAAAGGCUGUCUAUGUUCUUUUUAGGGAUGAUGAUGCCAUGAAGCUCCCGUACUUUAUUGCAAUGUCUGGGGUUGUAUGUGCCAUGUUUGCUUUUGCGACACCCCAUUUGUCAGCACUGGGAAUUUGGCUUGGAUUUUCAACAAUUUUAAGCCUAAUAUAUAUUGUCAUAGCAAUUGUGCUGGCCACUCGAGAUGGAGUUGAAGCUUCGGCAAGGGAUUAUAGCAUCCCGGGAACCAGUAUAAGCAAGAUAUUCACAACUAUUGGUGCAUCUGCAAAUCUUGUUUUUGCGUUCAAUACAGGAAUGCUACCAGAGAUACAGGCGACCGUGAAACAACCUGUCGUUAAGAACAUGAUGAAAGCUCUGUACUUUCAGUUCACGGUGGGAGUGCUGCCCAUGUACGCUGUGACUUUUGUGGGUUACUGGGCUUAUGGAUCCAAAACAUCUACCUAUUUGCUUAAUAGUGUUAAUGGUCCGAUUUGGGUGAAAGUAGUGGCCAACCUUGCUUCCUUCUUGCAAACCGUCAUCUCUCUGCACAUAUUUGCGAGCCCGAUGUACGAGUACUUGGACACAAGAUACGGCAUCAAAGGAAGUGCACUGGCUUUCCGCAACCAAUCAUUCCGAGUCAUGGUGAGAGGCAGUUAUUUAGCAAUAACCACGCUCGUCUCUGCUUCACUUCCAUUCCUUGGAGACUUUGAGAGCCUAACGGGUGCGGUCAGCACGUUCCCCCUCACCUUCAUCCUGGCGAACCACAUGUACUUGGUUGCCAAGGGUAAUAAGCUCACUUCUCUUCAGAAAUCAUGGCACUGGCUCAAUGUAUGCUUCUUUGGGUGCAUGUCACUUGCUGCAGCAGUUGCCGCCCUGAGGCUCAUCGCAGUUGACUCAAAGACUUACCAUCUCUUUGCUGAUUUGUGAUUGAUGGUUUUGUCUGUUGGAUGUGUUGUUAAGUAGAUGAAUUUCAAUAGUCAGUUAAAUCUUUUUGUUUUCAUUGUAAGAAUUAAAGGUUUUAUUUUCGUAUUAGGUAAUGAUAUCUUGCCGCUUCGCUCCUU